UCAACACAGGCUUCCACCCUUUUUCUUUUUUAUUUCUUUUGUGUUCUUGCCCGGUGAUUCUUCUUCGCUUCUGCUCUAAGCUUUCACUCGCAUUCCUCUUCGCAGAGUACAGAACUCGAACUCUCCUCUUGCAGCUUGAAGCGUCUUCUCGUCCGGCGUUCUUUUCUGUGUUGUGAAGUGAGAAUUUGCAGUCGAUACCAUGGACGAUCGGAAGGAGAAAACUGCUCCAUGGCUUUCAGUGCCACAGUUUGGAGAUUGGGACCAGAAGGGACAGAUGCCUGACUACUCUCUUGAUUUCUCAAAAAUUAGGGAAAAUAGGAAACAGAACAAGAGAGACAUGUCUCGAGCGAGUCUUGGAAAUGAAGAGGAGCUCAUUGCCUCAGCUGCGCCUCCAACCACAACGAACUCUUUCCCAACUGAUAACCAUCACCCCUAUCAUCAGAGUCAUCAUUCUCCACCAACAAGAAAGAGCAUUCUAAGCUGCUUCAACUGCUGCGUGAAAGCCUGAAUUGAGUAGUCUUGAAGAGCCCACUUGUAAGUUGAAAUGUCAUUGUAUUUAUUGCUUUGGUACGAUUACCUUCACUGCCCUUUAUUUGAAUUAGAACAAAUGUAUUAUAUGUUUGGAUUUUGUAACAUGGCUUUGUUCUGGACUGUGGCUGCUACUGUCUCAUUAAUUCCUCCUUGAAUUAAAAUAACUUUACAAGUGCC